AUGCACUCGUCAUUCGAUAAUAAUCGGCAACUGAUGACCGGCGCUCGCGCGGUGUCGCUCCCGAGCGGCGCCGCGCCGCUCCUCAACCCCGCGGAUGCAGUGUGCUAUGCAAAUAAUGCACACAGUAACGAUAAACGCACACAUCGUUCUUUGCAACCGGUUUUGUUGUCCACCGCGCUAAUCGAAGUACGAACUCGAAAUAAUGUUUAUUUACUCGCAAAUGCAUUAUUAGAUAACGGAAGCGAACGCAGUUUCAUAACCGAAGCCUUUAGUAAAAAACUAGGGGUAGAAUUAUUACAGUCCACUCACGAAAUAAGAGGUGUAGGUAAUUCAGUGACGCAAUGCACGAAAUCAUGCGACAUUGAGAUUAAAUCGCGCAUAUCUACCUACACUACUAAAAUACAUUGUUUCAUAUUGCCGCUAAUUUCAAGUACGUUGCCCGCUGUACAUUAUGAACGCGCGAAGUUUCGUAUACCUAAUAGUUUACAGCUGGCAGACCCGCAUUUUCUUGAUUCUCGAAAAAUUGAUAUUUUAAUCGGCGCAGAUAUAUUUUGGGAAUUAAUACACGAAGGUAAUAUAAGGUUACCUAACGGACCUUAUUUACAAAAUACGCAUUUAGGCUGGAUAAUAUCGGGACCUAUCGUAUUUAAUACGCGCAACGAUAGGCUUAUUCAGUGUAAUUUCACGCAAUCGAUAGACACGCAAUUACGCCAAUUCUGGGAGAUCGAGGAGCUGCCUCGGGAUCGGGAUACGCGCACGGAUGCUGAGCGUGCUUGCGAAGAACUAUUCACUCGUACUACGACGCGCAAUGACGAGGGACGGUUUAUUGUUAGCAUACCUCUUAAGUCAUCACCCGAUCUUUUGGGCGAAUCACUUCCACAGGCGGAACGACGCUUCCUAGCGUUAGAAAAGCGGUUAGAACGCGCGCCCGCUUACAAAAAAUUAUACGCAGAUUUUCUUCAUGAGUAUGAGAGCCUAGGUCACAUGACUCGCGUUUCGACCUACGGAACCCCUCAUUAUUUUAUGCCGCAUCACGGCGUAUUUCGCGAAAAUCACUCGACUACUAAACUUCGAGUUGUUUACGAUGCUGGGGCCGUUUCUAGCACGGGAAUCAGCUAUAAUGACCUACAGUUGGUAGGCCCGCCUAUCCAAGGCGACCUAAUUUCAGUUAUAUUGCGCUUCAGGCAACAUCGGUACGUCGCAUGCGCAGACAUCGAAAAGAUGUACCGACAGUGCCUUGUUGAUGAAAAGCAGCGAGAUCUUCAGCUGAUUCUCUGGCGCGACGAACCCACGCAGCCACUCGGUGUCUAUCGACUCAACACGGUCACCUACGGAACCGCGUCCGCGCCGUUUUUAAGUUGUCGCUGCCUAAAACAACUUGUAUGCGAAGCAACCAAUCCCGAAGUGUCGCGAAUUAUCAAUGAAGAUUUUUACGUCGACGACAUGAUCACGGGUUCUCACGACAAUGAAACAUUAUUAAAAUUGUGCGAAGAAACAACCAAGACGUUGCAAGCUGGUUGUUUCCCACUACGCAAGUGGAUCUUCAAUUUUACGUGUGAACCCGAGAUGACGUCAUCGUCGUGCGCUUCUAAGCAAAUACUCGCGGAAAAUACAAAUCACAAAACAUUAGGUAUUGGUUGGCUUAAUGACAGCGACGAAUUUUAUUUCAAUUCAGAAUUUGAGUCUAGGAAUGAACCUAUAACUAAACGCAUAAUUCUAUCAUACGCAUCUCAAAUUUUCGAUCCACUGGGGAUUUUCAGUCCGUUCAUCUUGACUGCAAAAAUGUUAUUACAACAGUUGUGGUUAUUAAAAUUGGACUGGGACGACAUCGUACGCGUCAGUGGAACCGGUUUCUCGCUUCGCUGUCGAUCCUAA